CGGUGUGGACUUGGAAGUGAGGUUUGAGCGUUCAGUUCGGUUUUGGCAUUUGCAUCGUGUUGCGUGUUUUUUUUUUAUCGAACAAUUUUCCGCAGCCAGUGGAUUUGUGAUUUUCUUGUGGCCAAGGGAUAUGCGCACAACCCCCGCGGCUCUCGGUACCGAGUGAUCUUUGAAUUUUCUCUGCGACGACGCGAACACAUCGUAAGGAAAAUCGCUACCUGGAAGCGCAUGUUGUCAUUGAAACUGCGGUACGGUUGACAGCCGUUUAAACUACCAACAUGUUGGAUAACUGGAGAAGUUGGUUUUGGGGAAUGAAAAGCCAGGGAAUCAUUUGUAUUUAUAUACUUCUGGUCUGCCGAGUACAAGAUAGUGCUCAAGAGAUUGUCAUCGAAGAGCUGAAAGUUCCACCUGUAGUUGAGGCUGGUGAUAAUACUUCGGUGAUACUCGACUGCAUCUACGAUAUGCAGAAUGCAUCGACGGACGGUCUGGUUGUCAAAUGGUUUUUCAAUGAUACCACACUUUUGUAUCAAUGGAUUUACGGUAUUCCACCGAUAAUCGAUGAGCAGAACCAUCACAUCGAAGUAGGAUAUAGAGCCACUGAUGAACCGACCACCAUGUAUCGAGCUAUGAAGAUCAAUAAUCUCACUAUCAAUCAUUCUGGAGAUUAUAAGUGCAACGUAUUCACUUAUUCUGAUGACACAAUCAGGGAAACACCGAUGAUUGUCUACUCUACGGAGGACACAUUUGAUUUGAAGUAUGAAAAAAAUGACGGAGAGGAUGGAGAAGUAGUUGAAGUGACAUGCAGCGCCGAGGGACUAUAUCCUGAGCCGACUCUGGAAAUAUCUGUCAGUAAUGAUAUUGUAAACCGAACUGAAGAAUUCGACGCAGUGCAGCGGAGUGAUGGGAAAUACAAUAUUAGCGCGAUAUUAAUUGUGGAGGAUGAAGAUUUACCGAGUCAAACAGUUGUUAAAUGCAUUCUGAAUAUACCAAAAGCCAAUUACACUAAUUGGAGAUUCAUUACGUUUUCAUCAGGAACUGAAACCAGUACGCCUAGUGUAACGACCAAUCUGCUGAGAAAAAUGGACAUCCAGGCGAUAAGCAACUCUGAGCGAAAGAGUGAUAAUGGUGGUGAUGGCACAACUCCCACGCUUUCAACGAGUUUGAUAAUGGCUGUUAUACUGCUCCUAUCAGCAGGUAUACUACAGUGAUGGCCGGAUUGUUAUGUCAGGUAAAAUCCAGGCAGUGUGGAUAUUCAGCACCAUACCAAAGAAAAUUCCUGCAAUCGAUACCACAAAUUCAUGUUCAUCUUAAUGCCCAUCGGUGUAAAGUGAUGUCUACUUAGUUGGGGUGAUGCACACAUCAACAGAGAAAAUAUUAGAGAAUCCAAGUGGAUAUAUUUUAUCAUAAUGCAUUGUUGUGAUAACAGGGUAACAGUGGUAUAUUUUUUUUUUCGCCAAAGACAAAGGAAAAUAUUAUCGUCAAGUACCUUCGUUACAGUGUAAUAUGAAGAUUAUACAACAUGAAUAAUAUUUAUAAUGCAACGGUAAGGGUUUAUCAUCGAAUCUAACGAUCUAUUUAUCAAGGUACUUUAUGUACCUGAUGUUUCAACAACCUCGAAGGAAUUCUCAAGUGCUUUUUGUACAACUCGAGAGAUAAAUCUCUUUACAUUGAUGUUACUAUUGUAUAAAUGCCCUGUAUAGCAGAUAAUAAUUAAGGAAUAUUGGUGUGUCUGUACAUACAUAUUUUUUAUCGAUAAAUAGCAACAGCGAGUUCGUUGAACUUCACCAAAAUUCAACGAAAACUCAUUGAACCUAGUCGUGUACUUAGACUUGAGUCAAGUUUGUAUUAUUAAUAAUCGUGAAUCCUAUUGUAUAAAAUAAUGCUAGUGUGUUGAUACAUGAAUAUUUAUUGUAAUGAAAUUGUAUAGGAAAUUUUGAAAGUCCAAUU